AUGGACAAAAAUGUGUGCAAUUUAUUUAUUAAAGUUGAUGAGCUUUUCAUCAAGGAGAAGGUCAAAGAAAAUGAAUUUAAUAAAUCGUAUACAAAUUUUUGUCAUAAAGGAGUAUGCAGCACAAAUUAUGAUAGAAUUGGUGCCUUAUGCGAAUAUUUACUUACGGAAUUGCAAAAAUUUAAUAAAAAACCAAAGGAGAGUAAAGAUAAUGCUAAUCAGAAUUAUGAAUUCGUUUUUAUGUGGUUAGCUAACAAAUUUCUUAAUAUAACUCAUGACAUUUCCUACAGUAUAAAUGAUUACUAUGAGGAGUUUUUAGUUAAUCAUAAAGAUAAUUUUAAUUAUUGGAACGAAUUGGAUAGUAAAAAAUAUUUGAAGGGUAGUAAUCUUUCUGUUAUGUCUGCAUUUUAUUAUUUAUUUAUGAAUAUAUGUAAUGCAAUGGUGAAAAAUAGUAUAUCCAAUUUUGAUAUAAAAAAGUUUAAGACGUAUGAUUUUGAAUAUUAUAAAAGCUAUAAUUUAAUUAACGAUGAGAAAAAUAAAUGUUAUCCAUACAUUCAAUUAUUGACUGAUUUAAAAACAAAAUAUGAUGAAUAUAGAAACUUAGCUAUUAAGGAAGUUUUAAAAAAAGAUAAUUACAAUUUAACUUUUUUGCCAAUAGGUAAUGAUGAUAGUCAGAAAGAUUUGUUAUUUCAAAGUAAUGGGUGUAUAAAAUUGCAUGAAUUUUUUGGACAACCUCGCCAAAAACCUAAACCAAAAAUCCCACCAGAUGGCUCAGAAACUAAAAAGGAAAGCCAGCCAUCAAAUAUUGGUGAAGAAUUAAAUUUUGAGAAAAUUAAAGAUUAUUCUGUACAAAUUUUCGAUAAAUAUAGUCCACAAUUUAUUCAUACCGCUACUAGUAUUGAGAAUCACAUACGUGAUAUGGUAAGAUAUAAUUUUAUUAAUAUUGUUGGUAUAGGUUCCAAAUAUAUAAAAGCUAUAGAAAAUGUAAAAUUGCCAAAAUUUCAGAUUCUAGGACCAAAUAAUAAAGAAAAAGAAUCUGAAAAAUCAAAAAAAGAAAAAGUAGAACCUCCAACACCACCACAAACUACUGGGGGAACCACAUUAUGUUCGGAUAAUAUAUUAUCAAAAGUAUUGAAUGUCCCAGGAUGUAAUUUAAUUGGAUUAAAUACAAAUAUAACAAGAUUGUUGUCAUUUAAAUUUGAAGGAAAUCAAGUAGCUAUUAUAGCUCUCACAGUUGUUUCAAUAACUAUUGUUUUAGCAAUUGUGUAUUGGUAUUUAUAUUAUGGAUGUGGAAAACCCAUGAAGAAGAAAAAAAUGGGAAACAAAAUUAUAAAUUUAGUUGAUGAAAAAGGAAGGGCAAAGAGAAUUAUAAGCCCAAUUGAUCGGAAAAGGGGUGUAAAAACAAAUAUAGAUUCAGAUUAUGAAGAAAAAACAACAAUAGUUAUUAUAAAUCCAUAUGAUGAAAAAAAUAUAUCAAUACAAAGAAUAAAACCUCCCUCUCUCAAAAUAACAUUAUUAAAUACAUACAAACAUAUAUAUGUUAAUCCUUCUCCAUUUAUUAACUUAUUUUUUUUGUUAAUUUUUUUUGUCUAUAAAAGAAAACGAGAUACCAUAGAAUGA